AUGUCAUCUUUAAAAACCAUCAUUUCUCUCUUCUUUCUUCUCUCUAUUAUUUACAAUCUCGUCGCCGCAACCGUAAUUCAACCAAAAGUCGAUGAAAUUUCUUUAGAUUCACUACCUGAAGCAGGUGACGUUUGGGAGAUGGAGUUAGAUCCCGCUGCAUCCUCCAAUGUUGAUCCAUCUGCUGAAAUUUCUACUGAAGCUGAUGCCGACUCUUCGGAAUCCUCUACAAACAUCCUUCACAACUCAAUCCAAGUUAUUGGACCAAAAGUUCAAUUGGGAGAAGUUCAAGACCAAUUAUAUCGUUACCAUUGGACAAAACCAUUAUAUAUUAAUAAAUAUCACUACCAUUGGGGAACUCAUAUUCACUAUGAUCGCAAGAUUUUCUUGCAUCAAAUUUAUAAAGAUAACAAAUUCUAUAAAAUUUGUUAUGCCGAUGACUGUAGAUUUACUGUUACUAAAGUCAUAAGAUAG